AUGUACGAGGCUGGAUGCAAGGUUAUAUGCAAGGUUGGAUGUAAAGUUGAAUGUAAAGUUGGAUGCAAGGUUGGAUAUAAAGUUGGACAUAAAGUUAGAUACAAGGUUGGACAUAAAGUUAGAUACAAGGUUGAAUGUAAAGUUGGAUAUAAGGUUGGAUGUAAAGUUGGAUGUAAG